AUGACUCUGGAAUAUACUCAAGUCGAACUCCUGACGCUAAACGGACCAGAAUACCGCCGGGUGUCCACUGCUCCUCCGCGCCCACCAACCGAUGAUGAGAUUCCAAUCAUAGAUCUCGCCUUUAUCGACCGGGAUCUAGAAGCGAGAAAGAUCAUCGCCUCGAAAGUCAGAGCAGCGGCCGAGAACACGGGCUUCUUCUAUAUCAAAAACCACGGGAUACCAGAAGACCUCAUUCAGAGAGCUCUAUCCCAGGCAAAAGCGUUCUUUGACCAACCAAUCGAAAAGAAACAAUUAGCCUCGAGCAACACACAAAAGAACCCAGAUGGAUGGCAGGGACUGGGAAGCAGUCAAAUCAACAAAACCGAAACAAGGGAUCGAAAAGAGACAUUCUCUCUGCGCUACAACCUCAGUAACGAUCCAACUGUCUCCGAUCCGGACACACUAACCACCGGUGAUGGCUUUUCAUGGGACACAACAAGCCAUCUCCCUGGGUUCCAGGAAACAACAAUUGAAUUUUUCCAAAGCCGUCUCACGCUCGCGCGCAAGAUUAUCCGUAUCUUCGCUCUUGCUCUAGGCAUGCCGGAAGAUUACUUUGACGAGGUCAUCACAAACCCCGGUGCAGAUGGGCUGUACACACACUACCCCGCUGCACCAGUCGAGACACUCGGAAACAACGAGGAUGUCGAUGUCGGCAUCGGAUCACAUACCGAUAUCCAGUGCGUCACUAUUUUGUGGCAGGAUAUGUCCGGCGGCUUGCAGGUUCUGUCUGGCAGUGAUGAGUGGCUCGAUGCUCGGCCUAUCCCUGGCACGAUGGUGGUUAAUAUUGGCGAUUUACUGCAACGUCUGUCGAAUAAUAGGUUCAAGUCCACGGUGCAUAGAGUUUAUAAUCGUCAACCUACCUCGCGGUACUCGAUGCCUUUCUUCCUGGGUUUCAAUCCGGAUUCGGUUUGUGAGGUUGUGCCUUCGUGUAUUGAUGAGAGCCAUCCGGCGCUUUAUGGGCCUGUAUCUAGCGGAAAGUGGCACCGGAACCGACUUGAACUCGCUCACGGAAAGCCAAUUUCUGAUUGA